AUGGCCUCAGAGGUCUACAUGUCAGGCCCUGUGUGCCUCAUUGAGAAUGUAAAGGGGCAACUGAGAGCCAAACAGGAAGCCCUGAGCUUCCUGUCUGCUAUCCAGCAGCCAGUGGUGGUGGUGGCCAUUGUGGGGCUCUACCGCACAGGCAAAUCCUACCUGAUGAACAGGCUGGCUGGGAAGAGAUCAGGUUUCUCCCUGGGCUCCACUGUGCAGUCUCAAACCAAGGGCGUCUGGAUGUGGUGUGUGCCUCAUCCCCAGAAGCCCGACCACACCUUAGUUCUGCUUGACACUGAGGGUCUGGGAGAUGUGGAGAAAGGUGACAACCAGAAUGACUGUUGGAUCUUUGCCCUGGCUAUACUACUAAGCAGCACCUUUGUGUACAACAGCAUGGGAGUCAUCAACCAGCAGGCUCUGGACCAGCUGCACUAUAUGACAGAGCUGACAGACAGAAUCAGAACAAGAUGCUCCCCUAAGGAUCAUGAUUUAGAGGACUCAGAUGAGUAUGUGAGCUUCUUCCCAGACUUUGUGUGGAAUCUGAGGGACUUCUCUCUUGAGCUAAAAAUAAAUGGGCAGCCUAUCUCAGCAGAUGAAUACCUAGAGAAUUCCCUGAAGUUUCUUCAAGGUACUGGACAAAAAGAAAAAGAUUUAAAUCUGCCUCAAGCCUGUAUCCGUAAAUGCUUCCCAACUAAGAAAUUUGUCUUUGAGCGCCCAGCACCUGGGAAGAAGCUUAGUCAGCUAGAAUCUCUGCAGGAUCAAGACCUGGACUCUGACUUCGUGGAACAAGUGGCAGAGUUCUGUUCCUAUGUGUUCAGGUCUUCCAAGGUUAAAACCAUUUCAGGAGGCCUCAGGGUCAAUGGACGACGACUAAAGUGUUUGGUGACAACCUAUGUGGAAGCCAUCAGCAGUGGGUCUAUGCCCUGCAUGGAGAGUGCUGUCCUGGCUUUAGCCCAGACAGAGAAUUCAGCUGCAGUGAAAAAGGCCAUCGCCCACUAUGACCAGCAGAUGGGCCAGAGUGUGAAGCUCCCCACAGAGAUGCUCCAGGAGCUGCUGGACCUGCACAAGACCUGUGAGAAAGAAGCCAUCAAGAUCUUCACGGAAAAUUCCUUCAAAGAUGUUAAUCAAGUGUUCCUAACAGAGUUGAAGAGGAAAUUAGAGAGAAAGCAAGGGGAAAUUUGUAAGAAGAAUGAAGAAGCAUCCUCAGACCGAUGCUCAGCUCUACUUCAGGAUAUUUUCGGUCCACUAGAAGAAGAUGUGAAGCAGGGUGUUUAUUGCAAAUCCCGUGGUUACUGUCUUUUUAACCAAAAGAUACAGCAGUUGAAGAAAAAGUACUAUGAAGAAUCUGGGAAGGGGGUGCAGGCUGAAGAAGCUCUCAAAAACUAUUUGCAGUCAAGAGAGGAUAUAAUAGAUGCAAUUCUACAGACAGACCAAAGUAUGACAGAAAAGGAAAAGGAGAUUGAAGUGGAGCAUGUGAAAGCUGAAGCUACAGAGAGAGCCUGGAAACUGCUGGAGGAAACUCAAAGGAAGAAUGAACAGCUGAUGGAACAGAAGGAGCAGAGACACCAGGAGCACAUGAGACAGCUGACUCAGAAUAAGGAGGAGGAACGGGCACAGCUUAAGGAAGAGUACCAGAGGGCCCUUGAGCAUAAAAUUCGGGAAGAGAAGAAAAUCCAGCAGGAGUGUGAAAGACUUGAAGAAGAGAAUAAGCAUCUCCGGGAGAAGGAAGCCAGGCGCAAAUGCACCAUAAGCUAA